AUGACUGAGAUUUCUUACCGUUCGUCCGACACGAGCAGCAGCAAGCUCUCAGUGACGGGCGUGAAACAACAUGAGAAAAACGACGUUUCCGACACCUACAGCGACGGCUUUGAGAGCAUCUCAUCGAAGGAGGUUUCUCGCGCGUCUGGUGCGUCGAGCAGUAGAGAGCGCGGCAGCACCGGGACCAAGGGCGUAUGCGAAACUGCACAUCUUCGUCAGAACAACUUAGAAAACGACAAGGGUAGUGUGAGCUCCAGGGGCGUUAGCACGAACGACAAACAUGAAACCAGUGACAUCAGUGAGAAUGCACAUGGUCCUUUGACAAAGGACGGGGAUCACGAUAGAGAGCUCCCUAAAUCGCCCUCAAAGUUGUCAAGUAUAAGCAAGGAAGAUAACUGCUCGAGAAGCACUACGGGAAGGAUCGACAUCUUGAUCCAGCGCCUCAAAGCGAAGCAUCACGUACUCCAAGCAGGAGAAAGCGAGGAGGGGUCCCCCACCUGUGCCCUCUAA